CUGACAAUAAUGCGUUCGGAUAAUGAAGCGACCAACGCUCUGUCGAAAAACGCCAGCCUUCAUGUUAGCAUUAGUGACAUUAACGAUGAGACGCCCACCUUCGAGGUAUCCGAGUACACGGGACAUGUGCGAGAGAACAGUGCAAACUCAGAAAUCCGUCUGGUUCCACCGAUUCACACCACGGACGCGGACGUUGGAAGAAAUGCCCUCAUCAGCUACAACAUUCGGGAGCUACCAAAAUCUUCACUGAGUCCCAACGCGACUGACGGCGAUAGGGAAAGUGGAACUGGGGAGACAAACAGACUGAGUUUUCACACCAGCCUCUUUCACAUCGAUUCCAGAUCUGGAAGGAUUCGCACGACGGCGGAGCUGGACUGCGAGUCCGUCGACCGAUACUCCUUCCUUGUGGUUGCCACUGACGAUGGGCUCCCCGAACGACGUUCCAGUUCGGCUACAGUGAAUAUUUUUGUUGACGAUGUCAAUGACAACGUGCCGGACUUUGACCAAUACCACUACAAUUUUGAGAUAAAAGAAAACUCCCCAGGUAGGACUGCGGUUGGAAAGGUCUCUGUGCACGAUGCCGACAAAACCGAGGAGAACCGUCGUGUUCGAUUCAGUUUGCGUGGGCGCCCAGAAGAUCUCUUCUUCGUUGAAAUCGACAGUAACAGUGGAGAGGUCUUCAUGCGUCGACCCAUCGACUAUGAACGACAGUCCUCCAUCUCACUUACAGUCGUGGCUGAGAAUGUGUCACCGCUUCAGUACCACUUCCCUGCUGGCGGUUCUUCGCAGCCAACAUUCUCCUCACUGCAGGUCAUGAACCCGCAUCUUCGGGCCAGUCAACAGGGCUUUCAAGGAUACGCAGCGGAGGCAAGCAUUGUCAUAUCAGUGCUCAAUGUUAACGACAAUCGGCCCGAGUUUGUGCCCAUUUCGCCACAUCAAAAACACAUAGUGUUUAUUUGGGAACAGCUACCACAGCAGCCAGCGGAGACGGCGUCCACUGCGAUGGUUGCAGGAAAUAAUGUCAGCGAGGCUGUCGCCAUGACAGAUCAUAGUGCUGCCACUGCUACCGGCAAGACGAGCGUCGAGCAACAAAAUUUUUGUGAGCCGAUUCCCUAUAAGAUCAUUGACAAGGAUUGGGAUCCGAUGAGUCAGGAGUUCUGCUGCACGUUAUCUUUGGAAAAUACAUUUGACGGCUUAUUUGCUCUCUCUGAGGAGGUUCCAAAUGUGCUUUGUGCCUUGAAACGACCUCCACAUCCUCAGAGCUACAAAGUCACCCUUGUGGCAAGCGAUGGGACGUCCAAUGACAACCUGUCUUCACAGAUUCAAUUAUCCGUAAUCAUCAGAAGUGGGCCAGAGCACAACGGCAUCUUCUCAAAGCCCCAGACAGCGGCCCCUUCCUCGAAGAACACCCUACAAACACCCUCCAUAUCAGCGUCUCGCUUGUUUACUGAGGCGCUUGAUACACAACCACUGGAGGAUCCGGAAAAGCUCAGCUUGGGCGGCUACGACCGAAAAAAGGCAGCUUCCGUUCCAGGAUACCAGAUGAAGAUGAUCUCCAUCCUCGUCUCUAUUGCGGGCAUAUUUUGUAUCCUUCUCCUCCUCGCCAUCGUGGCCCUCAAGUGUGGGAUGUUCGAUGGCCAAUACUUCUCCUUCACAAAAUCAUCCCGGAACUCUGAUCAAAGGGGAUCUUCGAUCGCUAAAGGCAUGACCAGUGGCGUUGGACUGACGGCCCUCAAACAUGACAUAUCUGCCUUACCACACCCAAAUCAAGCUCGCGUAAACGAUUACAACACCCUGGGUGACUACUUUCCAGAGGAAGUCUUUUACAUGGAACAAAAACAGACCCCGGCGUCUCAGCAUAAAAAGCAGACUUUACGCGAAGGUACCUACGAGAUUUCACCCCCCUUCAAUGAAGUCAACAAUAAUAACAACGGCUACAACGCUAACUUUCUCAUGACCAAUGAGAUUGGUUCUAUACCAGCUCACUACCUGACCUCCAUGCCAACCUUUCCGAACAAUAGUAGUACUAUGAAUGUUUCAUCCAAACAGCUCUAUAUGUCUAGCCCGAGAACGCCCCUCCUCGUAGCCACUCUGCGUGCACCACCAUCAGACUUUUCUGAGUCGCAUUUGACCGCGACGAAGCUGGACAUGGACAAUCGGUCACAGCCAGCGAUGCACAAGGCGUCCACAAAUCGAAUUCUCACCCUGAACCAGUACGGAGGUGAGGAGAUGCGGUCCACCGCAAACCCUACCUUCUACGUCGCUACAGAGGCCUAUCAAACUUUAGACCCCCUGACCCUCCCCAAGGGCCCUCCACCUCACCGCGAUAGUGCUACUGGGGGCAAGCGAUACAGGACUGACUCCUGCGACCCCAAA